AUUGUGGCAAACUUUAUGAAAUGAAAAAGCAUGGUCAUCAUCCCCUUGUGUGUAUUCUGAAUAGUCAAAUUUGUCCCUACUCAGACAGAACAACCACUUUAAAUUCCCACCCUUUUCAAAAUCCUCAUGAAGACAUGUUGGCCGAGAAGUGAUCCUAACCGGUGGUGGUUGUUUGGUUUACUUUCCGGCGAACAUAGCCAUUUCUUACAUGCCAAAUCCUCAAGUGGAGAAGCAUAGGAUCUAAGUAUAUUAUAGAAUGUGCUCAAGAGCAUCAGUACCACAACAAUAAAAAAAUACCUUUUCCAACCCCAUAUAUAAUGUCAUUUUGGGCUUCCAUUAAGCACUCACAAGGCAACAGCACACAUCACCUACUAGAGCCUCUACUACUUCUUUCUAAGGUUUCUUCAAAGAACAACAAACAAAGAAGAUGGUGAAGUUCUCAAAGCAGUUUGAGGGGCAACUCAUUCCAGAAUGGAAAGAGGCCUUUGUGGAUUACUGGCAACUCAAGAAGAACCUCAAAAAAGUCCAACUCUUAAAUAACGCCAACAAUACACAAAACAAGCACCAAGCUAGUACUUCUCUACCUAAGUACAUCUUUUCAUCAAUAAGAAACUACUCUCUAUUUGGCCACCAACAUAGAGAGCAUGGACCAAUUCAAGUCCAUAGGAAACUUGCCUCAUCAUCUUUUAAUGGGGACAUGUAUGAGACUGAAUUGCUUGAGCAAUUUUCUGACACUGAUGCUACUAAAGAAUUUUUUGCAUGUCUGGACCAGCAACUAAACAAGGUUAACAAGUUCUAUAGAACAAAAGAGAAAGAGUUCAUGGACAGAGGAGAUUCCUUGAAAAAACAAAUGGAAAUUCUCCAUAUGCUCAAAACCACAUUCAAGGAGCUGCAGAGCAAAGCAGGCUCUUCUCAUGGCUCCAAGGAUGAUCAAUCUAUCUCAUGCACAUUCUCUAAUGAGGAAGACUCUGUUAGGAGCAGAGCACAAGAAGAAAUGAUGGACACUACUAGCACAGAUGAUUUGGAAAAAAAUGAAGCACCAUUUUCAGAUUCCCCUCGUGCAGAAGAACUUGCCAAGUCCAUGCAGAUUAAAAGAGAAAAUGGAAAAUUGAAAACUCUUUCUGGCCGUGUAAUCAAUUGCCAAGGGAAGAAUCUGAGGAUAAACAUUCCCUUGACGACACCAUCGAGAACCUUUUCAGCCAUAAGCUACCUUCUCAGGGAAGAUUUGCUCAAUCAGUCUUCAAGGCAAUGUGGUCCAGAAGGUGUCAACAACAUUCACCUAAACAAAACUAAUUUGCACCAUGCUGAAAAGAUGAUCAAAGGAGGUUUCAUUGAACUCUACAAAGGACUAGGAUAUCUCAAAGUUUACUGGAACUUGAACAUGCUUGCAUUUAUUAAGAUUCUGAAGAAGUUUGAUAAGGUCACUGAAAAACAAAUUCUUCCCAUCUAUAUCAAAGUGGUCGAGAGUUCGUAUUUCAAUAGCUCAGACAAGGUGAUGAAGUUAGCCGACGAAGUUGAGGAACUGUUCAUAAAAAAUUUUGCCGAGGAAAAUCGAAGAAAGGCCAUGAAAUACCUAAGACCAAGCCAACGCAAAGAAUCUCAUGCUGUUACUUUCUUCAUUGGACUAUUUACUGGAACCUUCUUGGCACUUCUUGCGGGAUAUGCUAUAAUGGCUCAUGUGACUGGUUUGUAUAGACCACAUCAAAAUUCAGUGUACAUGGAAACUGUCUACCCUGUGCUUAGCAUGUUCAGCCUUGUGUUCCUACAUUUCUUUCUUUACGGUUGCAACACUCUUGCAUGGAAAAGAACUCGCAUAAACUACAGCUUCAUUUUUGAGCAAGCCCCUACCAAGGAACUCAAGUAUAUAGAUAUAUUCUUAAUUUGCACAAUGGCAAUGAGUGCUGUGGUUGGGGUAAUGUUCCUUCAUUUGACUCUACUGACAAAAGGGUAUUAUUAUGCCAAAGUUCAAGACAUUCCCUGGCUUCUUCUUCUGGGUUUCUUACUAUUACUAGUAUGCCCCUUCAACAUUAUAUACCGGUCAAGCCGUUACCGUUUCCUUUGUGUAAUAAGGAACAUAAUUUUGUCACCCCUUUACAAGGUUGUCAUGCUGGAUUUUUUCAUGGCUGAUCAACUUUGUAGUCAGGUGCCAAUGCUCAGGAACCUUGAGUAUGUGGCAUGUUACUAUAUAACUGGUAGCUACAAAACUCAGGACUAUGGAUAUUGCAUGAGGACAAAGCACUAUAGAGAUCUAGCUUAUGCAGUGUCAUUUCUACCCUAUUAUUGGAGGGCUAUGCAGUGUGCUAGAAGAUGGUUUGAUGAAGGGCAGACAAGCCACCUUGUGAAUCUAGGCAAAUAUGUAUCAGCAAUGUUAGCAGCAGGAGCCAAAGUGGCUUAUGAGAAAGAUGGGAGUGUAGGAUGGCUUUGUGUUCUUGUGAUCAUGUCAAGUGCAGCAACUAUGUACCAAUUGUACUGGGACUUUGUAAAAGACUGGGGUUUGCUUCAAAUGAAUUCCAAGAAUCCAUGGCUAAGGAAUGAAUUAAUGCUUCAGAGAAAAGCCAUUUACUACUUGUCAAUGGGAUUAAACCUUAUUCUGAGGCUUGCUUGGUUGCAAACUGUCCUUCAUUCAAGUUUUGAAAACGUUGAUUAUCGAGUAACAUCCUUAUUUUUAGCUUCUCUUGAAGUUAUCAGAAGAGGGCUAUGGAAUUUCUUCAGAUUGGAGAAUGAGCAUCUAAAUAAUGCUGGCAAGUUUAGAGCAGUGAAGAUAGUACCACUUCCUUUUCAUGAAAUGGAUGAAGAAGACUAAUAAUAAGGCCAUUUGGGUGAUUUAUUCGAGGGUAGGGGAUGCUUCCAGACAAGUAUUUCAAGGAGAAGAUUUGUUGUUGUCUUUAGUCAAGUUGAUGUAUUAUUGAUCAACUUGAUUAUUUCAUUUGGUUGAUGAUUUGCCGGAUAUCAUCCUCAAUUCCAUACACAAUUUUUCAUUAACAUGAAAUAGAAAAUUUAUGAAAAAGGUGCGCUUCCACUGUUGUUAGUCAUGCACUUUGAGAUCCCUUGUUAUUCCAGAACAUUAUGUAAAAUUUGCAACAAUUAAAGAGAGGGAGAAAAGCGAAAAAGCAUGCUUUUCUCCAAUAAAAUUGUUGAGGUCUAACACGCUUUGGGAAUAUGAGCGAAUUAUUCCUUAAAAUGACUUGGCCAA